AUGGAAUUCAUUAAGCCAGAAACAAGUAUAAUACUCAAUGUUAUCUCUGCAACUGUUAAUUUCCCUACUUGUAAAUCUAUUCGAAUGUCAGAGCAUGUGGACAAAACAGGAGAUAGGACUUUGGCAAUUGUUACUAAAUCAGAUAAAGCUCCUGAUGGACUGCAUCAGGAGGUGAAGGAAGAUAAUAUGAAAAUAGGUCUGGCCUAUGUAUGUGUGAGGAACCGAAUUGGUGACGAAUCUUAUGAAGUUGCAAGGAUGAAAGAAACUAAACUUUUUCAAUAUCAUCCAUUACUUAAAAAUAUUAACAUGUCUAUGGUUGGUGUUCCUGUUUUGGCACAAAAACUUGUCCCGAUUCAAGCUCAUAUUAUAUCUAAAUCCUUCCUGAAGCAAUAA